UGCAAGAACAGCAAGACUUUCUACCAUGGCACGGUCCACAAGACCACAAGAACAAAUUCAAUUUGGUAACAUCACAAAAGGCUACACGAUUACUAAAAAUAAAUCUAUUUUUUUAAUAAAAAAUAAUUCGAGAAAAUACUUGACGGCGUUAGCACCGACGUAAUGAGCACGUAGCCGUUAUGAAACGUGGGCCCUCUGCACAGAUCACUGACACGGUGUUUGCGCGUCCCAAAAUCAACCCUCAUCUCGCCAGCUGGCUACUUUCAAUAUUUCUUUUCCAAAUUAAAUACUCUCUAACAUCAGAACACAGAGACAAAUCAAUUAAAGGAAAUAAAUAAAUUGGGAUCACUGAUAAGCACAUGACAUCCUGGCAUGCAAACAGUAUCAAUGACUCGACACAGAGGACCCUUUAUGGAUGGGGCCAUAUUUCAACAACUAGUGGACCCCACUAAUAUUUUCAAUGUUGUAGAACCAAUGAUAUCAACAGUCACGCUGUCUGAUUCAGAUUUUUGUACGCCAAAGUAAUUCAUUCUAGGUGAGCCUAAAUCAGAUGGUUGAGACUUCCAAAAACUAGAAUAGCAUGUCAUAUAAGAAGGGUAAAAGAGGAGCAGAGGGAAUUCUAAUAUGGCAUAUUCUUGAAGGAAGCCCUAGAAAUUUGUACCUGUCUCUAGCAAGCAGCAUUUUUCAGUUUGAACAGCAAGUGGAGAAUCUUGGGGCAGAUAGAAAGUCAGAUGGGUUUUUUGUUGUAGUUGUAGAGCGGAAGAUGAGAUGAUCUACAAGGCAGCAAACACCAUAAGUAGUUUAGAACCUACAACGGGAGUCAAAGGCAGUAAAUACCAUAAAUAGUUCAAGAGUAAACCUCUAAAAGUCUCUCAAUAAUCCAGUUUACAUGUUUCAUGCCUUUUUCAAAUCAAAUCAUUUCCUAAAGAAAGGUUCCAUGCAUCUUGUUUUCUGGAGAAAUCCGGGGAAAUUUUGUUGGUUGUGAUAGAAUAAUAUAAUGAAAAAAUACCA